GGCAGCCGGCUUCCCUGGGCGCUCGCCACGCUCCCGGCCGCGCCUGCCGCCUCGCCUCGGGCUGGGCACCGCCGGGCGCCGCUGCUCGCUGCCCCUUCCCGGCCCGUCUGUCCCUCGGGGCUCCCGAGACUCCGCUGCCUCUCCUGGAGCUUUGCCCCUGACGCUCCCGGGCACCUGUUGUGGGCAGGGAAAGCGGAGAUGAAGGUCCUGGGCCAUAAGAUAGAGUUGUUAACAGGGUUGUUGCUCCAAGAGGUGACCAUGGCAGGGCUCCAUGAGCUGCGAUUCACCGAAGAGAAGCCGCUGCUGAGAGGACAAGACACUGAGUUGGAAAACUCUGACGCCUUCCUCUCGGCUGUGGACACAGACUGGAAGGAACAUGACAUAGAGACCCCAUAUGGUCUUCUUCAUGUGGUGAUCAGGGGCUCUCCAAAGGGAAACCGCCCUGCCAUCCUCACCUACCAUGAUGUGGGGCUCAACCACAAGCUCUGCUUCAAUGCGUUCUUCAACUUUGAAGACAUGCAGGAGAUCACCAAGCACUUUGUGGUGUGCCACGUGGAUGCCCCCGGGCAGCAGGUGGGGGCCUCGCAGUUUCCUCAGGGGUAUCAGUUUCCCUCGAUGGAGCAGCUGGCUGCUAUGGUCCCCAGUGUGAUCCAGCACUUUGGGUUCAAGUACGUGAUUGGCAUCGGGGUUGGUGCUGGAGCCUAUGUCCUGGCCAAGUUUGCUCUGAUCUUCCCUGACCUUGUGGAGGGCCUGGUGCUCAUGAACAUUGACCCCAACGGCAAAGGGUGGAUUGACUGGGCAGCCACCAAGCUCUCGGGCUUGACGAGCACUUUACCUGACACGGUUCUUUCUCACCUGUUCAGCCAGGAGGAGCUGGUGAACAACACAGAGUUGGUGCAGAGCUACCGGCAGCAGAUCAGCAGCACCGUCAAUCAGUUCAACCUUCAGCUCUUCUGGAACAUGUACAACAGCCGCAGAGAUCUGGACAUAAACCGGCCCGGGACGGUCCCCAACGCCAAGACCCUUCGCUGCCCAGUGAUGCUUGUGGUCGGGGACAAUGCGCCCGCAGAGGACGGGGUGGUCGAGUGUAACUCCAAGCUGGACCCGACCAACACCACCUUCCUGAAGAUGGCCGACUCGGGCGGACUUCCCCAGGUCACCCAGCCGGGGAAACUGACUGAAGCCUUCAAGUACUUCCUUCAGGGCAUGGGCUACAUUGCGUACUUGAAGGACCGAAGGCUGAGUGGAGGCGCAGUGCCAUCAGCCAGCAUGACCCGGCUGGCCCGCUCUCGCACUGCCUCUCUCACCAGCGCCAGCUCCGUGGAUGGCUCCCGCCCCCGGGCCUGCACCCACUCGGAGAGCAGCGAGGCUCUGGGCCAGAUCAACCACACCAUGGAGGUGUCCUGCUGAGGCCCCCGUUGUCUCCCCGGAGCUGCCUCCCAGACCCCACGUCAUCAUCGAAUCACCAUCCAACUGCCGUCCCUGAUCACCUGCCCACACGUCCUUGGUUUUAUUUUGGGGAGGGAGGGGAAAGGGCUUAAAUUCUUUUGUUUUGUUUUGUUUUUUUUAAAAAAAGGGGGAAAAGAGCAAAGUUAAAUAUCCCAAGGAGGAAACCACCUUUAAAAAACUCAGCCUGACAGAAUCUCCAAAGCAUUCCGAGAAGUGACCCUUAGCCGUCACCUUCCGGCUCCAGGCCCUUUCCUCCCUUCCUUCCCCCUGUGCUUCAGCUGUGGAGAUUUGGGCCUCCCUGGGGAGCCAGGCCACUAACCCUCAGACGCUUCCCCAGACCACAAAUGUUCCCCCUCCUGAAGAACUUGAAUGUUCUCAGGUUCCUUUCUAAUGGUUCCUUCCCAUAUCUGCUUGGGCCACUGGCUCCAGGACCCAAGGAAACCUCCCAUGGCACAGGUCUGCUGAGCUUUGUAAGGAUCUGUUUCCCUGGUUCUGGUCCCACAUCAGGGUCAGUAGACGUGGGAGAAAGCAGUCACUUCCUUUUGCCUCUUUGUUCCCUCUCCCCUGACCCCCCAAACCUGGAUCUUUUCUCAAAGAGGACGUGAGACUGCUAAGCUAUGGUUUCCACCCCAGAGAAGUGGUAGGGGGUCUCCAGGGUGCUGAGCAGAAGAGAGGAGAUCUUGCCCUGGUUGGGAAAGCCACUGGCCUAAAGAGCUAGGAUGGGCUGCAGGAGAGGACUCUGGGAGGAAAUGUCUGCAAAGAGCCUGGGAGCCUUUACACCCUUCCCACGCCACUAUUGGAUAUAGAGAUUGAUAUAUUUUUAAGUCUUGUUGCAUAUAUGACAAUCAGCAAUAACAACCAAAAGUUUAAAUUGCAUCUCCCCCAACCGACCCUUUGCACCUUGGGCUGUAGGAGGCUAAGGGCGCCAUUGGAUGGAUGGCCCCGGAGACCCCAUCCCCAGAGGCUGCUUGCCUCCCUGUUGGGCCGCACUAGGGACUCCGUGCCUGUGCUAGCGGGACAGUAGUUUCUGACUUGGAUGGUCGGACAGAUGGGUCCAGGAGAGGACCUGGGAGUUUCAUUUCUGCCCCAAAAGGGAAUUGGGGCCCCUAAUCAGAAAAAAAGUCUGGAAAGGGAGUGGGGGCUUUAGGCUUGGGGGGAGUGCUUCCAAUGAUUGCUUGGAGGAGGAGGAGGAAGUGGCCUGGAGCAGCCCUACCUGCAGAGACCAGGCAGGUCCUCCCCCAGGGUGGGGGGCUAGCUGUCCCUCCCCUUCCCCUAGUUUUCUUCUGGGGUCGGUUGGUGCUGCUGCAUUAAAUCGGUAUGUCUGAUUCCCCUCCGUUCUGUGGGAGAACAUAGUUCGUUCCCAUGUAAAUCCUUUGUUGAAAUGGGCAUAAGGUCUUAUGUAGGGGAAUGUAACGUCAGAGAACCUCAAGCUCUGAAAAGCUGAUUUUUUUGCCUAGGACGGAGCUUAGUGAGGGGAGGAUUUCCUAGGAACAGUCUUGGGGAUCAGCUUUGGGCCAGGUGGCCCCUAAGGGACCUUCAGUCUUGGCAGUAGCUAGCACACAGUCUCCGUGAUCCCGAAGGCAGCUCUUCCUGGGCUCCCCAGAGAUUGAGAAGGUAGUGAUUGACCCAGAUCCCAUGGGGGUGCAGUAUGGAAGCCAGGAUCGGUGUAUGGAGACCCUCCUUGUCUUAAACCAAGUGGAUCAUCCUGAAGGUUGUCCCCUCAUAGAAAGGCUUCGGGAAGGAUGGACUGGCCAGAAGCAGUUUGUACGAGACGAAUCAUUUUUCUCCUCCAUGUUCUAGGUCUGGCUGGAGAUAGAACUACGCUGUCUCCCUCUGGCCCAAGCUCCUGAGGUCAUGAUUCCACAUCUUAUCCCCAACUCCUAGAGUUAGUCCGGGGGGAUGACUUGUAUCAUGGAAGCAGGAAUGGCAAAGGAGUAGUUUCUGAACCGAAUAGGGAAGGGGGGAGAUGGCAAUGGGCAGAUUCUCUCCAGCUCCUGGCCUGAGGCCCCCCUUAGCAGGAGGGAAGCAGAAACGAGCUCAUUUUGUCAGCAUCCUAAGGAAAUGAUUCUGACAGUCGGCAAGCCAUUGGGGUGAGAGGUGAAAAUGCAAAGGCCUUGAGUUCCCUGGGGUCUCCCCUACUUUUAGGAGAGCCAAGGUUUGUGUGCAUUGCAAAGCACAUACCCAGUUCCACUUGACACACAAUCUGGUUUAAAUAAUGCUAAAAGCCAUGUUCAUGACCAUCCCAGAAAUGACCAGAACACCCAGCUCUCUUCUCCCGUGUGCUUCCUUUGAACAUUACAUGUGAAUGUUUGACAAGCUGGUAGGAAUAAUCCUUUUUAUUGUAGAUAGUGCUGCAACUUUUCUUGGGUUUUUGGUGUGUUCUUCAAGAUGAGAUAUCUAUAAAUAUCUAUACAUAUUAUAUAUACACAUAUAUAUAUCGAGUCUCUCUGUGUGGCUUUCUGUUGGACGUGGUCUGAUUAUCUGUUGGUUUGCUUUCCCUCCCCACUUCGGUUGAGAUAAAAUUUAAUGGACUCCCUACUUCUCUGUACUAGGUGAAAAACCUAUUUUUGUGCAUCUUGGCAGCCGAUGCUAAUAUUGGCAUUGAUGCCAUGAGACUCUGAGAUGACCACAAAUGUAAAAUGAAUACAAACUCUUGUUGUAGAAAGAAUUAACUGUGUUGAAAAAAAAAAAAAACCUUAAUAAACUAAGAAGAAUGUGA